AUGCCGAGUCACAGUCCGCUUCAAGAAUAUUUUUUGGGCCCAACAAGCGAUUGGCCAAUGGCUCCCGCUAUUGGUACCUCCGUGGAAUCAGACGAAGCGAUACACGGGCCAACCUUGAGGAAUUCUGGGUUCUACGUCCUCUAUUCCGAGCUAUGGUCAACCGUUACAACACGCAUUGACCAACAUCUGAAGAGUAAGCAGUGUCAUCGCCCUCGGUUGGGCAUCGUUGUCUCCCUGCGCACUAGUACGCCAUGUGUUCACGCACCAUCGAGCUUCACCGAUGGUGCUCGGCUGCUUCUCGCGUCCACUAGAGAUACUCCUCAGUUCUGCUUGGCUGACACACAACGUGCCGGCCUUUCCACCAUGGACUCGAAACACUGUUGGCCAGUCACCUUAUCUCCACAGGCUGCAGAGAUGCGUCUUAGCUAUUGCAUCCGGUCAUCCAGCAUUGCCACUGGGAUGGAACGCUAG